AAGUGGGUGUUGCUUUCGUCAGUAGUUUGCAUUGGUACCAAUAGGCCUGUACUCGUUCCUCGAAAGCUUACGGAUUCGUUCGAAAUUAGUUUUACUUUCCAUGUUAGCCGUAUGAUAUAGCAAUGAGUUUAUCAUAAUUAUAGAAGUGGAAUAUCCUCCAUCAAGAUGAUAGGGGGUUUAUUUGUUUAUAAUCACAAAGGAGAGGUACUCAUUUCCAGAGUAUAUCGUGAUGACAUUGGUCGAAAUGCUGUCGAUGCAUUUCGUGUCAAUGUCAUUCAUGCACGUCAGCAAGUACGCUCUCCUGUGACCAAUAUUGCUAGAACAUCCUUUUUUCAUAUUAAACGUGCUAAUAUCUGGUUAGCUGCUGUAACUAAGCAAAAUGUCAAUGCUGCUAUGGUAUUUGAAUUUCUUCUUAAGAUCAUCGAUGUCAUGCAAUCAUACUUUGGCAAAAUAUCAGAGGAAAAUAUUAAGAACAAUUUUGUUUUGAUUUAUGAAUUACUCGAUGAAAUUCUAGAUUUUGGUUAUCCCCAAAAUUGCGAUACUGGUGUAUUGAAGACGUUUAUCACUCAGCAAGGAGUUAAGUCGGCAACGAAAGAAGAACAAGCUCAAAUAACAUCGCAAGUUACUGGACAGAUUGGAUGGAGACGAGAGGGUAUCAAAUACCGGCGCAAUGAACUUUUCUUGGAUGUAUUGGAAUAUGUGAAUCUCUUGAUGAGCCCGCAAGGCCAAGUUCUUAGUGCACAUGUUGCAGGAAAGGUGGUUAUGAAGUCAUACUUGUCUGGCAUGCCAGAAUGUAAAUUUGGAAUCAAUGACAAAAUUGUUAUGGAAGCUAAAGGUAUGAAAGGUGGAGGAGGCUUAGGAGGUGGUGGCGAUGAUCCUGCUAGAUCUGGUAAACCUGUUGUUGUUAUUGAUGAUUGCCAAUUUCAUCAGUGCGUCAAGCUAAGUAAAUUUGAAACGGAACAUUCCAUUAGUUUUAUACCACCCGAUGGUGAAUUUGAAUUGAUGAGGUAUCGUACUACGAAAGAUAUAUCGUUACCGUUCCGCGUGAUUCCAUUGGUUCGAGAAGUAGGUCGCACGAAAAUGGAAGUUAAAGCUGUUUUGAAAUCAAAUUUUAAGCCGUCAUUAUUGGGACAAAAGAUAGAAGUACGCGUACCAACGCCAUUAAAUACUGCAGGAGUACAAUUGAUUUGUUUGAAAGGAAAAGCGAAAUAUAAGGCAUCUGAAAAUGCUAUUGUUUGGAAGAUUAAACGAAUGGCUGGUAUGAAGGAGACGCAACUUUCAGCAGAAAUAGAUUUGCUCGAAACGGAUACGAAAAAGAAAUGGACAAGGCCGCCAAUAUCAAUGAACUUUGAGGUACCAUUCGCACCAUCAGGUUUUAAAGUUCGUUAUCUGAAAGUAUUUGAAUCUAAGUUGAAUUACUCUGAUCAUGAUGUUAUUAAAUGGGUUAGAUACAUAGGUCGGAGUGGCUUAUAUGAGACACGGUGCUAGUAAAGUCUCGUCCUUUGCAUUGUGUAAAUGAGUAAUCUCACAAAUCAGAUAUACAUAUAUAUAUAUAUAUAUAUAUAUAUAUAUAAAAUUUUCUUAAAAAUCAUUUUAAUUGCGACGCAUUUUUUCAAUGCAACGAUCCAAAACAUUAAAAAAUAACUUAGAAAAAGUCAAGUUUAUAGAUGAGAAAUAAUAUCUUGAUACUAAAGGAUUCGAUUCCUUUGUGUCAUUGUUUUAUCAUCGAUUUAUUUAUAUAUACGUACACGCAUACAUACAUAAAUACAUAUAUAUAUAUAUAUACACAUAAUUAUCAUUGAUAUUUUAAACGAUAAAUUAAAAUGCUUUAACAUUUACUAUAGAUUACGUUAAAUGAUUACUAUGAACUUUACAAAUUCGUAGAAUCAUUAAAUAGCAAACAAAUUGAAUUUUGCGGUCUUUAUUAUCGGUAAUGUUUAAUACUGGUCUUUCAUGUUGGGAUGGGACCAGAAAUUUAAUUAAAUAAUGAUCAAUUUGGUAUCAUCGUUAAAAACUGCCCUUGUACAGUUGCCGCUGCAGUAGAUCGUUUACGUAAUAAUAUAUUGUAAGGAUCGUUCUGAUGAAUGUUAAAUUAUUAAAUAUGUUUGUCA